AUGAAAUGUUUACUCCCACCCCAUGAGCCUCUCUCCUUUCCUACUUACACCGAGUACGACGUCCACUACCAGAAGCAUCACACGAACCGGUGCCUGGAGUGCAGAAGAAACUUCCCCUCGACUCACUACCUGAACCUGCACAUUGCCGAGAACCACGACCCCAUCAAUGAAGCUCGCAAGGCCAAGGGAGAAAAGAUAUACGCAUGCUUCGUCGAAGGCUGCGACAGGGUCUGCUCCGAGCCGCCCAAGAGGAGACGGCACAUGAUAGACAAGCAUCAAUUCCCCACGUUCUACGACUUUUUCAUCGUCAACACCGGCAUCGAAGGCCGCAACUCCAUGCUCCGUCCAGGC